AAACGGAUAUUGAAACUGCAGUCUUAUCAGUUCAAUCACAAGUGAAAUGUUUCGUUACUAACAUAAAACUAAUUAUUGUGAAAAGAUGUCUGAAGAGAAUUCAAAAAAACAGAGUUCAUUAAAUGAACUGUCAAAGCAAUCAUAUGUGGAUUCUGAGCCCGACUCUCUGGAAUUUAAUAGACUUGCAUCUCGCAUACAGGCUCUCAAGCAUGGACAAGUUCUGGAAAUCAUUAAACAUCUUGGAGAGCAGAUACCGCAGAAUUCAACCAAGAAUGGUUUAAGCUCUCAUCUUUUGAUGUUAUGUAAAAAUAAUGAUAAAGCAGCCGAAUAUGUGUUAAACAGAAGAAUGCCAAAGCAGUGUAGUUAUGACUUUAUUUGUGUGGUUGAUUUUGAAGCAACAUGUGUUGAACAAACAAUAAGUACUGAUUUUUACCCUCAUGAAAUCAUAGAGUUCCCUGCUGUUCUUAUUGAUGUUAAGCAAUUGCAAAUAGUAGAUAGCUUUCAUUCAUAUGUUAAACCUGUAAUAAAUCCUAUACUCUCGGAUUUUUGCAAGGAGUUUACUGGAAUUUCUCAAGUGACUGUAGAUCAAGCAAAGAAGUUUGGAAAAGUUUUGAAACUUUUUCAAGAUUGGCUUUUUGGUUCUGUAGGAAAAGGAAAGUUCAUUAUUUUAACUGAUGGGUCAGCUGACAUAGAAAAUUUUUUAUCUACAUCAUGCAUUGUGAACGAUGUAAAGAUUCCUUCCUAUGCUAAAAAGUGGAUUGAUAUGAAGGCUGUGUACAGGAAUACAUAUAUGCUUGAACGAGGUUCUAAGCGUCUUGUAGAUAUAUUGAAAAAAUUAGGAAUUGAAUUUGAAGGACGUUUGCAUUCAGGCAUGGAUGAUGCUCAAAACAUAGCAAAAAUUGCAAUUACAGCACUGAAAGAUGGAGUAGAAUUAAAGUUUACUAACAAGUUAAGGACCCAAAAAUACAAGCAAUUAAAGCAGAACAUUUUGGGUUACAUGAAGAAAAAUGCAUCUGCGGGUGAUCCAGUAAUGUUAAUGCUGCAAGAGGAGCAUGAAGAGAAUGAAAAAGUAAAAAAGCAAAAAACAGAAGACAAUGUGACUGUGUGUCAUCAUUCAAUGGACAUUGACCCAGAUAUAGAAGACACAGAAGCCGUAUUAUCAAGCUUUAAAAGGAAGAGAUAGUACACUGUACAGCACUUAUCAAAAUUACUAAAAAUGUCUGAUAGGAAAUCCACUUAUUUCAUUUCAUCACAAUUUCUCAAAAAGAGAGGAAUUUUUUUAAGUUAUACUCUUCCUGGACUUUAAAUUUGCACACUGAGACAUAAUUUUAAUUAUUCAUGCAUGUAAUUAUUCCAUUAAUUGGCAGGAUUCUGCGAAUAUCAAUCUCCAGAUUUAUGAAAUUACAUAUUUUUCUUUUUGGCGAAAAAAAAAACACCAAUUAUCGACAAAAACUCCAUGCUUCAAAAAAUAAAUUGAGUUUUUGCUCAGUAUGCUUUAUAUUGUCAGUUCUUUAAGAAAUAAGUAAUAUAGAUAACUAAUAACAUAUGUUUAGAAGUUGCUUUUCAUAACUGCUCAAAAAUAACAUCAACCUACUUUUUCAUGUGUAAGCAAAAGAGCACAUGUGUUGUUUUCAAUUCACAAUCUUUCUGCAUCUUUUUGUUUCAACAACUUUUUUAAGUUUUCUUACAAAAUAAAUUAUAUUUCUUGUUAUUUUCAUGUAAAUUGUCAUUUCAAAAUAUAAAUGCUCCAUAUGUCCCAUAAAGGUUAGUAUAUCCAAUUAAACUAGCAGUAAUUUAAAAAAAAAAAAAAAAAAAAUUGAAAUCUUGAAUUCAAACCAUGUUUAAGCAUUUCUAAAUUAGGAAUCUGAUGAUUAAAAAACUGAUUCUUUUAAAACAUGUUUGUUUUCCCAGAGUAGAAAAAUUUAUAAAAUCAAAGCUUUUUCUACUUCUUAAGCAAAAAAAAAAAACUUUUCGCCCUUUUUUUCUGAAGUAAUCACAUAUAUGUUAUUAAAAUUGUUAGGAAUUAAGAGUGUAAUUAGUGUUUUCAGUGUGAAAAAUCAUGUUGUAUGUAAUGGCAAGAGCUUAUUAAUUAGUGAAAUCAAAACAUUCAACUUGAUUUGCAUGUUUUCAUGAAUCAAUUGCUUUAAUAUGAUUAAGAACACGAAAACUAGAAUUCUACUCAGAAUGAAAAAAAUUCUGUAAGUUGUUUUUACUUGUUUAUUUUAACUCAAAUGUAAUAAAUGUAU